AUGUCCGGUGUCCAGUUGGGCACGGCAACGGGCCCUGCUAAGCUUAAGGCAGUGACUGAACUGGUCAAUAAGCUUACAGAAGAUCUCGAUAAAGCCUCGCUUCUCCCCAAAGACCGAGAUGAGGCAUUGGAGGAACUCAAGAUCUACGGACGAGAUGCCCGGAAUGCAGAUCCUAUUUUCACCAAGGAGGGUAUCUCUAUGCUCUUACGGCAUGGCUUCCAAAGCUCGUCUAGUGAUACGUCUCGAGCUGCCUUGAGAGUUCUGGCCAAUUCCAUGCUGCUAAAGGCCGAAACACGGCGGAUGCUUGUAGACCAGGGAUUCGCUACGCAAGCCUGUGACGGACUAAAGACCGAUAAUUGGGAUAACGAGUUUCUCCAUUCCCGCGUCUUAUUGCUUUCCACUUAUGGUACUAAAGAGCAUCUAAGUAAUCUCAUUACUGAGCAUCAUCUUGCCGAGAAUAUCACGGAAAAUCUCAAUCGCCAUGCUAAGCUGGCCGCCACCAAACCCCAGCAGCCACAGCCUAUGGAGGACAUGGCGCUCUCCGAAACUCUCAAACUGCUGUUCAACGUCACUCACUUCUGUAAAGACGAGGCUUCUCACUUCAACACUGCCGUUCCACACAUCGCUGCGUUAUUAUGGAAGCAAGAUAUCCCAAGUUCUAAGCCCCUGGACUCGCCCUUUGGACCAUUGGUCAGCGCCUUAAUCAACCUUGAUAUAUCUACGGCCACAAACCAAGCUGUUAUAUACCCAAGCUCCGAACCCAACAAGGUUGCUGCUAGGCUGAUAUCUCUCCUCGAUACCGCAAUGGCAACUUAUAACGACAAUGAACUCGAAACCACGGUCACUCCUCUAGUCAGCGCAAUGCUCAAAAUUAGUGAGCAUGCUCCUAGCUCGGUGCGCGAGUACAUUGGCAGCAAAAUACUGCCAACUACAGAGGAUCGGAAAUCAGUCCUCGGCAGAGGCACGACACUCUCUGCAAGAUUGCUGAAGAAUUCUACCAACGCAAUGACACCCGCGUUGCGAGAUACAAUUGCCCACCUUCUCUUCGAGAUAUCGGAUAAAGAUGCAUCGAAAUUCGUAGAGAACGUUGGAUACGGGUUCGCUUCUGGCUUUUUGUUCAAAAAUAACGUGCCCGUUCCUGAAAAUGCGUCAACGACCUUCAACGCAGACGACUCCACGGGUGCUCAGAGGAUGGUGAAUCCCAUAACUGGACAAUUUAUGGACCAGGAAAAGGUUUCAGAGCUGCCACCAAUGACUGAAGACGAGAAGCUGCGCGAAGCAGAAAGGUUAUUUGUGCUCUUUGAACGACUUAAGAAGACCGGCAUUAUAGACGUCGAAAAUCCUGUUGUGCAAGCAAUGCAAGAAGGGAGAUUCCGUGAACUCGAUGACGACGAAGUUGAGGAGCUUGACUGA